AUGUGGCUUGACCGGUUCGCCGGCCAUCAUCCAGCUCAAGCUCAACCUCCUCCUACGAGCGCUCCCUCUGUGUCAGCUAGCCAGCCUCGUUCACAGUCGCCGCUACCCCGUCGGACAUCGAGUGUGCGCGCCCCUUACUUUACGUCGCAGACUAGACCAAGUCUUAGUCGACAUCCGUCCACUGACUCUACCACAUCGCUGCUCGCUUCAUCCAAGCGCGCCAAUGGCUCCGGCUUGAGGCAGUCGACGAUCGUUGAUGAGACUGGCGAUGAUGAUGCCGGGAGGAUAGCAAUAACGGAUGAUGACCUGAAUCUGGAGUUUGACUUUGGUGGCCUGUCGCUGCGUGAGCUCGCAAGAAGCGCCAGCGCUGCUGGGGCAGGAGACAUCUACAGGUUGCAGACCGUAGAAGACUUCGAACGAGACAAGGCCAAGUUCGAAGAGUUACACCGGUCUAUUCAGGCGUGUGACGAGAUGCUGAGUUCGGUAGAGUCCAAUCUGACCAGCUUCCGCAAUGACCUGGCCGCCGUGUCCGCCGAUAUCGAGACUCUGCAAGCCCGAUCGACUGCGCUGAACGUGCGCCUCGAGAACCGCCGCGCCGUUGAGAAGGCCCUGGCGCCCAUCAUCGAGGAGCUCAGCGUGCCGCCGCACGUCGUGUCCAAGAUCGCCGAGGGACAUAUCGACGAAGCCUGGGUCAAGGUCCUGGCCGACUUGGAUAAGAGAGUGGAGGCACACAAGAAGAACUCUCAGCAAGCUCAGCCGAUCAAAGCGCUUGCUGACGUUGGGCCGUUGCUGGAGAAGUUGGUGCUGAAGGCCGUCGAACGCAUCCGAGACUUCCUUGUCGCCCAGAUCAAGGCCCUACGCUCGCCUAACAUCAACGCACAGAUCAUCCAACAGCAAAACUUCCUCAAAUUCAAGGACCUCUAUGCUUUUCUACACAAACACCAGCCCACGCUCGCGAGCGAGAUUUGCCAGGCCUAUAUCAACACCAUGCGCUGGUACUACCACAACCAGUUCUCGCGCUACGAAAAAGCUCUCUCGAAACUCAAACUCCACACCAUCGACAAAUCCGACCUUCUCGGCCAAGAGGACCCUUCCUCCUCCCGGCGCACCGCCGUCCUCUCCAGCUCCAAACUCAGCGGCCCACCGCACGACGCCUUCAAUCUCGGCCGGCGCAUCGACGUCCUCAAAACCUCCAACAAACUCGCCAUCUCCUCCUACCUCGCCGAAGAAGACCAAUCCACUCAUUACCUCGAAACCCCCUUUCGCAAUUUCAACCUUGCCCUGAUCGACAAUGCGACCGCAGAGUACACCUUCCUGGCUGCAUUCUUCACCCCGGCUCUCAGCUUCGCGACAAUCUCCCGGCAUUUCAACACCAUCUUUGAGCCGACCUUUUCUCUCGGCCAAACCCUGACCAAGACCCUCGUCUCCGACACGUACGACCUCCUGGGCGUGCUCUUGUGUGUCCGCUUAAAUCAGCACUUCGCCUUCGAGCUGCAGCGCCGCCGCGUCCCUGCCGCAGAUGGCUACAUCAACGGCACGGCUAUGACGCUCUGGCCGCGCUUGCAAGCCAUCAUGGACGCCCACGCCGAGUCCGUCCGCACGCUCGCUUCCAACUUGCCCGCCAAACCUGGCAGCGCAGCAGCCGCUAAACAAGCCUCUGCCGCACCGCAUCCCGUCACCCAACGCUUCGGCCAGCUGUUGCAUGGGAUUUUGACGCUGAGCGCAGAUGCCGGGGAUGAUGAGCCUGUAGUAGCGAGUUUAGGGAGGUUGAGGAAUGAAGUGGAAGGGUAUUUGACACGGGCGAGCCAGGCGUGGUUCGGGACGGCUGAGAAGAGAAAGGGGGUGAGGUUUCUGUAUAAUAAUUAUAGUUUGGUGCUGACGAUUAUUGGGGAUUGCAAGGGGAAGCUAGCCGGGGAACAGCACAGGCAUUUUGAGGGGUUGAAAGGAAGGUUUGCGGAGGAUGGGUGA